AUGGCACCUCUCAAGCAUCGAGCAGUUGCGUCCAGCUUCAUCUUCAAGUUUCCUGAAGAUGAUAUGACGAAGAAGCCGCAGGUGGCCCUGUUUCGGCGUAGCGGCCAAGUUAGCACAUAUCAGCACAAGUAUGCCGGCGUUUCUGGCAGUGUAGAAGAGACGGAUGAGAAUCCUCUCGCAACGGCAUGGCGGGAGAUCCAAGAAGAGACAACACUCACCAGCGACUCGCUACGCUUGUUCAGGCAGGGCAAACCAUUUUCGUUCGCCGAUGAGUCUAUCGGUAGAAAGUGGACCAUCAAUCCGUUCGGGUUCGUUCUCAAGUCCGAGAAGGAGGGCGGCCGUGGGGAAGCCGGUAUCCAGAUCGACUGGGAGCACGAGGGCUACGAAUGGUUCGACCCAGCUGUAGUCAACGAGUCGGAAGGCUUCCAAGGUGUUCCUCGGAUCCUCGAGAGCUUGAGGAGGGUCUGGUUCAACAUUGACCAAGGCGAAGCAGCUGGAAAGACUCUAGCCGAGGGCCUAACCGCUUUGCAAACAGAUCAUGAGAGUGGAGCACGCCAAUUAGCUUCUAAGGCACUUGGCAUCUUCAUCAAGGUGAUUCGGCAACUCGACACCGGUGACCGAGACCAAUGGUGGAAGAAUGUCAGGUUCGCCGGUUGGCAUCUUUGGAAGAAUGGGCGUGAGAGCAUGGGGGCAUCGAUACUCAACGUCGUCCUCGCCAGCCUAAAACUGAUUGAGCAACGGCUACCUUCUCAAGGUCCAGUCUCGACCGACUCGGUUGAUGGCAUGAUUACAGAACUCGAGAAAUAUGCCCAAGAACGACAAGACUCCGGUUCCAAAGUCAGCGCAUCACUCGAAACCUUCUUAGAACAAACGAUUUCAGGCGACGAGCCACUCAGAAUUCUCACCCUUUCGUCCAGUUCUACCAUUACAUCAGGCAUUACGCGGGUGCUAUCAAAGACGUCGCGGCCUGUGGAGGUGCGUGUCCUCGAAUCCCGGCCGCUCUUUGAAGGUGUCAAGAUGGCGAGCGCAAUUGGCUCGUUUGUCGAAGAAAACAAGGUCAAUGCCCGCUUGGUAAUAUACACCGACGCAAGCGUCAGCGUUGCUGCCAAAGACGUCGAUGUCGUGUUAAUCGGAGCGGACCUGAUCAACGAGACGGCCAAUGUUAGCAACAAGACGGGCUCGCUGCCUGCCGUCUUGACGACGAAGCAUGUCUCUCCAAAGUCCAAGAUCGUCGUAUUAUCCGAGAAGGAAAAGGUACUCCCGUUCAACCCGCCUGGUCAAGAGGAGAAUGAUCCACGCGAAGUUACGCAAGCAUGGGAUGGGCUCACGCCGUCGACAACCAAAGGCCCAAACAACACCCACAUUGACGUGAAAAAUAUCUAUUUCGAAUGGAUACCCGCGAGCCUCAUCGAUCACUACGUCACGGAAGACGGGAUUUCCACUUCUGAGGGGAUUUCUGAAUGGGCGGGGGAGGUUCACAAGCGAGCGGAUCAGUUCUUCACCGAUCUUUGA